UCCUGCGACGCUAGCUUGGCUGCUACAGAAAUAAACCUCCUUGAUGUGCAGGCAGCGGGCAGGGUGUCCGCAUUGACUGUGAGCGACACACCGGUUUAUGGAGGUCGUGUAGGUCCAGAGGACAGUUCUGUUCGACUUAAUAGUGGCCGAGCUCGAUAACCGGGCGCAGAAAGUAAAACUGUCAGCAUUUGUGGAUUGUCAGGUCUUAUUUCGAGGAGGGGAGGGGGCUCGUUACCUAGCUAGCCAGUGCAAGCUAACAGAGACGCUUACCGAAAGUGUCACUUAAACCGUUAGCUAAAUAGAAACGGGCACUGACAGCUGUACGAAGUAAGAAGUAUUGUCCAGAAACAGAAGUGCAUAGAAGUGUCGGGAGCCUCUUCAGCUAGCGUAAGGUAACAUUUAGUCCCCAAGGAAGGUGACGUGCGGGAGCGGUGAUGGACUUCGUUGCGGGAUGCAUCGGAGGUGCUGCUGGAGUCUUGGUUGGACACCCAUUUGACACAGUAAAGGUGAGGCUGCAGGUCCAGAGUGUCGAUAAGCCUCUGUACCGUGGGACAUAUCACUGCUUCCAGUCCAUCAUACGGCAGGAGUCGGUAUUUGGUUUGUAUAAAGGCAUUGGAUCCCCCAUGAUGGGACUCACAUUCAUCAAUGCCAUAGUGUUUGGUGUUCAGGGAAACACCAUGCGGCUGCUGGGAGCUGACACCCCCACAAACCAGUUCCUUGCUGGUGCGGCAGCAGGCACCAUCCAGUGUGUCAUCUGCUGCCCCAUGGAGCUGGCUAAAACCCGCAUGCAAAUGCAGGGUACCGGAGAGAAAAAGUCCUCCAGGAAGCUGUACAAGAACUCCUUGGACUGCUUGGCACGCAUCUACAAGCGGGAGGGUCUGAGAGGUGUAAACAGAGGCAUGGUGACCACGCUUAUCCGCGAGACACCUGGCUUCGGUGUGUACUUCCUGGCCUACGAUGUGCUAACGCGCAGCCUCGGCUGCGAGCCGGACGACCCUUUCAUGAUCCCCAAACUGCUGUUUGCAGGGGGCAUGGCUGGCAUCGCCUCCUGGCUUUCCACCUACCCUGUGGACGUGAUCAAAUCACGGCUGCAGGCAGAUGGAGUGGGUGGAGUCAACCAGUAUAGCAGCAUUGCUGACUGCGUACGACAGAGCGUCAGGAGAGAGGGCUACAUGGUGUUCACGAGAGGCCUCACCUCCACGCUGCUACGAGCCUUCCCUGUGAAUGCAGCUACCUUCGCCACCGUCACCCUCAUCCUGAUGUACGCCCGGGGGCGGGAGGAAGGACCUAAAGACUGUGAGCCGGUUCAGCCAAGCCACCAUGCACAGAUCCAGCAGCAGGCCCAGCCCUCCAGCCUGUGACAGCACAGAGGGGCUCACCCUCAACCUGGGCACUUUACAAGAGCAUGGGGAAGACAAAACAUACCUAAGGACCCAUUAAUUACUGUCAGACGAGUCAUUCCCAAUUUUAAUUCAGACUGUGCCGGGUUUAUAUAAACUUUAAUUUCAAAAAGGAAGCAAAGGAAUAACAUUUAUUUUAAGCAGUAGUUUAAGUUUCUGGUUUGCCUCUGAAGACGCAGACUUGUAAAGGAGAUGGUGUUACCUCUAUUGAGAGAGGAGCUAUGAGAUUCAUGACGGUUCUUAUCUGCAGCUUUUAUCUAUGAGAGACGUCUUAUAAAAGGCUGUUGUUACAGAACGGUUGGUGAUGGUAGUGUGCACACUGAAGGUUGUCUGUCUCUCUUGACAACAUUUAUCUUGAAACGUGCAGUGUUUAACUGCACCUGUAUAUAUCAUCGAUCUUUUUUUUUAAAUGUACGUUGGAAACAUUUUUCCUGCCUUAUAAGAUUUGUGUAAGGAAGCUGAAGCAGCUGUUUGUACCUAAACUGUAUCCUCCGAAGAGCCAGGCAAGAAAGAGGGAAGGAAUGUAGCAUUUGAUAAGUGUGCGGAACUUAUCACUUGUGUCUGUUUUCUAACCAAAACAACAAACUGCAGCUAUAAUCGCAUCGUCACUAAAGCACUGUUAGUCAACACAGGACAGGUGAACAGAAUCCACUGGUCUGAAAGGCUGAUUAGGGACCGAGUGCAAAGUGUGUUUGUGUGAGUCGGGAUCAUAGAUGGCACUAUGUUUUAUGUCUCGUUUGGUUGUUCGUCUGGCAUGUUGUGUUUUACCGAGUAAUGCAACGUUUUGUCAUUGUGACUUUACUACUGUAUUAAAGGCCUGAUCCAGAGGUGGAACGUUUUGUAAAAAAAAAAAAAAAAAAAAAAGUUUUUUUUUAAUGUAUUUUUUAUUUAUAUAUUUAAACAUAUAUAUCUUUUAAAGCUGCUCGUGAAACAGUACUGAAAGGUCAAAAGAAAAUGCCAGGGAGAUCCUUCAGAGUUUUCAAAGCAGUUGAAACUGAGGGGCCAACGAAUUUAAAGCUGUUGUAGAGUUGUUCUUAUAGCUAACCUCCUGUGUGUUUGGCAGCCGGCCGUCCCCUCCCUCCUCUCCAUAUCACCCUUCUUGCACCACUCCAGUGUUUGUUUUUUCUUCUUCGCUUGCUGUGUUUGGUAGCAUUAUCAGUCACAGGGAGCGCUGGAAUUGGAAGCUUACCUUUUCCGCCAUUGUCCGUAAACUGCAGGACUGUGCAUGUUCCCGAGCAGACAGGAUCGCCUCUUUAUGGACUUCUAUGUCCUGAUGGGACACCAGAUCAUUUAUUUUUCUCUCUUAGUGUAUGGGCAGGGAGAGGAGAGACAUGGGCUCCUAAACGAACACUCUGUAACAGUGAUGUUUUAAAAAGAAAAUAAGGCUUACAGCAGCUUUAACUUUAUCUCAAAUUUGAAUGCAAGACCCAUGAUGUUCCCCCAGGGGUCACUGUGGUCAUCUGAGAUGGUUUCAACUGCAAUCUGAUUGGGGCAGAUUUGAAUAAAAUUGACUGUAGCCUCAAGCACUGAAACAUUUUUGUUAUUAGACAACCUGCAGUAUGAGGGGGGAAAAGAAAAGUCUGAGGAAUUAAAAACUGACCCUUUAAACGGUGCAGAAAACUUAAUUUCUUGAUGUUAGUUUCUGUUCAUUGAGCUAACAGACCUGCAUUCAGUGUCCCUGUGGAAGAUUCUUUAUUUUCCUAAAGUUGACCAAUGUGUAUUUUUGUGUACAUUAUACUGUACCUAAUCUGGAUCGGGGCUUUAAUUAGACAUAUUUAUUUUUGAAGUUACUAUAGUAUACGAAUAAUGUACAAGUAUUGUUAAUGAGUGGGAAUUGUCUGCUUCCUGCAUGUGUGUGAUCAGUAUCAGAUGACCUUGUCUGCAUUUUAUGCCUGAAUGUUGAACUUCUCGCUGUAAAGCAAUCUCCCGUACAAAUGCAUACGUGUCAGUUCCCCUCAUCAGUACAGCUGAUGAUCCAAGAUUUUUCUGAGCUUUUUCCGAAGUUGUAAAAGCUUGCAAACUAAUCAAACCACUGUUGUCAUGAGGAUAUUAUAGAGAAGGGAAUCCCCAGAUGCACUAAACCCUUCCGUGUGUUGAAUGUAUUAUACCUGUGGUCACUCACAGGUGUUUGGACUCUUGUUAAUCAUAUUUAAGUCAAAUGUCAGCAGUCUGAGUCGUUGAAAGCAGCCGAGAGGCACUUGAAUGUCUCUCUUGUUAUGUUUUCGGGCUUGAUGGUGGGUGGUGGUGGCAAAACAAAGUGGAAAGUCUGUAGAAGCUGCUUGUGUUUGAUCAGUAAUUCCACCUCUGUUACCUCUCGCUAAAAAGAUCUGAAACUUGGCGGUCACCAUUUGACAGCUAAUAUUUAGUCCUGCUGAUGUGAAGGAUGCAAUAUGUACAGGAUGUAACUUUAUUGAUGCGAGCUCAUUCUGAAGUGGUACUGUAAAUUAUAUAUAUAUAAACAUACAUAUAUAACAUAUAUUUUUCAGUCUGAAGUAGUUGUGUGGUUCCCUGAAUGUCUGAGUUUGAGCAGUUUUCAAAGUCUCUAUUUGACCAGUUUGAGUUGUUACACUGGAGAGAUUUUAUCUGAAAAACUGAGAUAUUUUUGUAACAUAGUCAAACUUUAACCUGUUUGUCUAGAUUUGUCACUGAGGAUCUGUACAAAUGAAUAAAAAGUGAAUUCAGCA